GUGGGCCGAAUUGUUAGGUUUUGUAUUUGUUUUCUCCUAGUGUAACUUGUCCCUGUGAUUGCCCAUUGAUUUCACCUGAUGUGCCUUCUCCUUGCCUAUCCCCCUGUGCUCACCUGUUCCUUGUUGUCUCGUUAACCCUUGUUUGCUUGUGUGUAUAUAAGCUCCCAUUUUCUGUUCACUCCUCGUUGCGUCAUUGUCAAUGUCUGUGUCUGCGUCAAAGUUGAAGUCCUGUCCUAGCCCUCGUGUUCGUCUCAGGGAAAAAAGGAUUUCGAUCAUCGGAAGUAGCCGCUUUUGUUCGGGCAGCCAAAGCCAUUGUCGAGCGAACUUCGGCGGGCCGCCGGGCGGCGCUGAUGAGCGACCGGCUUCUAGCCGACGACGAAACCUGGCAGGAAGGCGGCAGUCGAAGGGAACGGCGGCGACUACGAGCGAACAGAGUCCGACUCCGACCACCGUCAGCCACCGCGACACGACGGACGAGAUGACGGCGGCGCGUCCAAAAGAGGACAAUUAGCAAGUGCUGCCACUUUUCCGCCCAAGUAAGCCCGGAGAGCCCAAACCAAGAGCCUCACAAGCUUCCUUUUAACGAUAACGGCUCUUGUUAUAACACCGUUGUUACAACUGCUGGCCGGCCGAUACAAGUCUGCUCACGAGGACGGCCGACAGUACGGACUGAAUAACAAGUCCUCAAACAAGACAGUGUCGAUUUGCAGUAGUUACAGGCUACUUACUUGUCACCAAACUUCUUGCUAAAACGGCUCCAUCAACAGCGUCUCCAAGAGCGGGCGGCGAGUUGAGGCGGGCGCUUUUUCUCCAACUCUUUUCUGCCAACGACUUUUUUACCCUCGCGGCAUGUCGGGCGGUCGCGGCGGGCGGCGAGGCGGCGAGCCGGCGGCCGUCAACCGAGGCGAACCUCUCCUGCCGUCCGUCCAGCAGCCGGGACCCCCCUUCCCCGCGGCGGAGCGCAAGCCCCUCCCCCUGGCUUGCGGCGAGGAGGCCGAGUACCUCUUGGCGCUCAAGCAGGAGUUCCGAGGAGCCAUGAAGACGCUGCCGGGCUUCACCCAGAUCGACGCCGCUCAAAGGUCGCACGCGGACGUGGAAAGAUAUUCGGACAAAUAUCACAACGGCGGCGAGCAGACGGACGCGCUGACCGACUGGAUCGCAGACCUGAAGAGGUUCCCGAAAGAAAUACGGCCGAGCGUCGGGAGAGCCGCAAAAAAAGGUCGGAAACCCCCGGACGUCCCGUCCGUUUUGACCGGCGAGAAAACGUUAACUUCGGGCGGGACGACGGCAAAGAAAGCUGGCGCCGGCGAGCGGGAAAAAAGCCUGAGGGAAAACCGAGAAGUCGCGGUCAAGCUGGAGACGCUGGCGAGCGAGGAGCGCCGCCGCGGUUCUGACGACGAAGAGGAGGAGGAGGAGGAGGAGAAGAAGGAGGAGCAGGAGGAGGCGGACGACAAUUACGACGAAGAAGAGCUAGAGGAGGUAAGGGAGGUCGUCGUAAAGUCACGCCGCACAAAAGCCCGAAAGUUGAAGCGUCCGUCCAUCGGCAGGAAACGGAUUACAUCAUGUCCUACUUCGACAACGGCGAAGAGUUUGGCGGCGAAAGCGACGACAACGCGGACGAAGCCGUUUACUGAAAGCCGCCGAGGUUUCGCUUGGGAAAAUACUAAGUUGGACACGGCAAAUACGUUGUUGGCUUUUUUUAUCUUUGUUGUCUGGAUUUUGGAGAUUUUGCAAAUAAAUACAGAUAUAACCUCGGAUGACAUGCCAAUUUAUUGACGGAUUCCAUUUUGG